UGAUAUGCAUCAAGAACCCAUUAACGUGGCUAAAUUUGCACAUCACUCUCCAAACCUGCUUGCUACUUCAUCAUUUGAUCGUGAUGUCAAAUUGUGGGAUUUGAGGCAGACGCCAAAUCACCCCUGUUAUACAGCCUCGAGCUCAAGGGGAAACGUGAUGGUUUGCUUCUCCCCAGACGACCUUUAUCUACUGGUAUCGGCUGUAGACAACGAGGUGAAACAACUUUUGUCUGUAGAUGGGAGGCUGCAGACAGAUUUCGGUAUAGCUUCCACAGGGAGCGCUCAUAAUUAUACACGAUCAUAUUACAUGAAUGGGAGGGACUAUGUUAUUAGUGGAAGCAGUGAUGAAUCAAUUGUUCGCAUUUGUUGUGCUCAAACAGGGAGGCGAUUGAGGGACUAUUAUUUGGAGGACAGGGCAUUGGAGAGUCCAAUAUUGGUGCAGUCCUUGAGAAGUGAUCCUUUCAGACAUUUUCACAUGGCUGUCUUGGCAUCCUAUGUGCGGCCCAGUUCAAGACGAGACAUCAUUAAGGUCAAUUUGCUAGAAUCAGGACAAUAUGGUGAUAAAGAUUCCAUGAGCGAAGAUUGUUGCAAUUCUUAUGGUUAUGGCGGUUGAAUUUUGCAUCUCGCAAAUUUGUGUGUACAUAUGUGUACGAAAGCCCAGAUUUUCUGCAUAUGAAUCUCAGUGGAAGUUUUGCUCAAGGAAAAAUAUGAUGGUUGCUAGAACUUGUCUUCAUUGGCUUUGGAUCAGCUGGGUAGUUUUCUCAAUUUAAACAGUCAAGAUUAUAAUAUGAAGGCAGAAUAGCCUAAAUGGCACUUAUACUUGUACCACUUUGUCAUUCCGGUCCUUGUAUUCAAUAAAGUUUCAUCCAGAUACCUGAACUCAGUUAAAACAUGUAUUUUAAACC